CUAAUGCCCACCCAUUCAUUGAAUUGGGAGGACAGGCAUGCGCAGAAGCUCUCCUUUCCCUCCCAUUCAUAAAAUAGCCAUUUUCCCAGGCAGCAGUUGUUGCAAUAGGGAGGCGAAGCGACGGCUGCUGCUGACAGCGCAGCACUUGUAGGUCGUUCCCUGAGAAGCUGGGGUGUUGCGUGCCAAUUUUUCUCCCCUUGCAGGUACAACUCGUGAUCUGUCUCGGAUUUAGGAUUAAAUCGUUUGUUGAGAUGAUCUUGGCUGGAUUAUUUAAAGACCCUUAAGCCGUGUUUCCUGGUGCUGAAGGACAGCCUGAGCAAUGGAGCCCCGAAUGCCUCACAACAUAACCGUGGUGCCCAAUUCGACCAUGGUGCAGCCUCUCCUGGACAGCCGCAUCCCCUAUGGCCGGCUGCAACAUCCUCUGACUAUUCUGCCUAUUGACCAAAUGAAAACCACACACAUUGAGAAUGACUACAUUGACAAUCCCACCCUGGCCCAGCUGGCUGCUCAGAAAUGCCUCCGGGGCCACCAGGAGUCUCCCCACCCGCAGAGAUGCGAACAAGACGUCACGCACCCGUGGAUCACUUUCAGUGGACGGCCCAGCUCUAUCAGCAGCAGCAGCAGCACCUCUUCAGAUCAACGGCUCCUGGAUCACAUGGUGCCAGCUCCAGUGGCAGACCAGGCCUCCCCAAGAGCUGUCCAGAUCCAGCCCAAGGCAAUUAAUGGCAAGACCCUAGAUUUGAAGGGGCUUCCUCCUCAGGAGCUGGACAAGCACUUUUUGCUUUGUGAAGCCUGUGGAAAAUGCAAGUGCAAGGAAUGUGCCCUGCCAAGGACUUUGCCCUCCUGCUGGGUGUGCAAUCAGGAGUGCCUGUGCUCAGCCCAGAACCUGGUCAAUUACUCCACCUGCAUGUGUUUGGUGAAGGGCAUCUUCUACCACUGCACCAAUGAGGAUGACGAGGGCUCCUGCGCAGACCACCCCUGCUCCUGCUCCCACUCAAACUGCUGUGCCCGUUGGUCAUUCAUGAGCGCCCUCUCUCUGGUUCUGCCUUGUUUGCUGUGCUACCUGCCAGCCACUGGCUGUGUAAAGCUGGCCCAGCGAUGUUACGACCAAAUCAGUCGGCCCGGGUGUCGGUGUAAAAAUACAAACAGUGUGAUUUGUAAAGCCUCUCCUGAAGGGAAAGUUGGCAGCCGGCCAGAGAAGCCAUUUUGAUCUCUGGGGAGAGGGGAGGGGAAGUGCAGAGAAACCAACAGGAAGGGUGUUUCAUAACCUGUGUCGUUAGUAUAACAUGUGUUGGCCUUUUGCUUUCAACAAAGAAAAAUGUCUCUUUCCA